UAUUACUCAGAUGUGGUGUGCAAAGAUACAUCGUACAACACGCGAACGACGAGAGCGACCACUUGAGUGAGAAUGGCACUUUGGUUUAAUCUGCAUCAAUACGGGCUAUAGAGUAAGUGACCAACGGGAAUUAGCGAAUGAGGAGACCAUUAGCCAAUCUGCUUGAUUGAAAUUGACACUAGUCAUGGGCGAGUUAAUAUUUUUUUGUGAUUUUAGAUAUUCUUGCGAACAGUGUACAUUGACUGAGCCGUAAGAGAAUUUCGGAAAUGGAUUACAGGUUACGACCAAAAGUUGAAAGUGUGAAAAUUUAACAAGGUCUGCGUUUCGUUGGUCGUAAUUGCAUGUUGCAAGCUGGCGGAAAAAAAUAAUAGUAUACAAUUCGAAUUUUGAAGUACAUAUUCAGAUUCCUGAUUAGCGAUUUAAAAGCCUUCAGAUACCAUAUUAAAUGAAAAGACGAUGAUUUUUUUUUCUGUGUUUUGAACCACUGUAAGGGAUCCACCAUUACAAGUUUUGGAAGUCUGACUUUGGAUUCGUUAUCGCAACCAUGUCCGUGGCAUGCGCCGGUUUUCAUUUCGGAUGGUCCGCUCCUUCGCUGCCAAAGCUUUUGGACGAGGAUUCCAACGUUACCGUGACAUCGGAUGAAAGUUCAUGGAUCGUGAGUUUCUUUACAUUUGGAUGUGUAUUCGGUCCACUCAUCGGAGCUGCAGUGGUGGACAAAUGGGGCAGAAAGUGGUCCCUACUUUUCACGGUUCUGCCUUACCUCAGUUCUUGCAUCCUGAUUGGAUUCGCGCCGAGUUUUUGGUGGUUUGCCAUAGCAAGGUUCAUCGCCGGUCUUGGUUCUGGCAUCACCUACACCGUGGCACCGAUGUACUUGGGAGAGAUUGCGGACGACAGGAUUCGGGGCGCGCUGGGUGCCAUGAUAAACCAUAUGCUGAACGCCGGUAUUUUGUUGACCUACUGUGUCGGGCCGUGGGUCAGCCCCGUGGCUCUAGCUGGCAUGGGAGCAGCGUUUCCACUCCUGUUUGGUCUGAUGUUCUUCUGGAUGCCAGAGUCACCGUACUUCUUGGUAAUGAAGGGAAAGAUGGAUCGCGCUGAGAAAAGUUUGCUCUGGUUCAGAGGGACGAGUAACGUGAUCGAGGAGCUCAAGCAGGUUCAAGAGAAUGUAGAGUUCGAUCAAAAAAAUGCUGGUACAGUUAAGGAGCUGGUUAUGAUACCUGGAAAUCGCAAGGCUUUGAUCAUCGUCAUCGGGUUGAUGAUAGCCCAACAGUUCAGCGGUAUUGGGGCUGUGCUCGCCUACAGUGGCCUCAUAUUCGAAGCAUCGGGAUCCAGCCUGGAUUCAAGUAUUUCCGUAAUCAUUAUUGGCGUGGUUCAAGUCCUCAGUGGAGUGCUCACCAUAUUCACUGUUGACCUGGCAGGACGAAAGCCAUUGUUGUUGAUUUCCGCCUGUGGUUCGAUCCUGUUUCUCGGAGGAGAAGCAUUGUACUUCCAGCUCCAAGCGGUCGAUGUCGAUGUCAGUUCGAUCUCUUGGCUUCCGGUUACCGCUAUCGUUGGUUACAUAAUCGUGUACACGAUAGGACUAGGAUGUCUUCCUUACGUCGUACUUUCGGAAAUAUUUCCAUGCAACGUUAAAGCGUUGGCGACUAUGGUUACCUCGAUAUUCGGGGCUCUUGGUGGAAUGGCCGUUGCCAAGCUCUACCAAGUCGUCGCUGACGAGUACGGAAUCCACGCUUCGUUCUGGGGAUUCGCUGCGAUAACCGUAUUUUCGAUGAUAUUCAUUUACUUCGUCAUCCCCGAGACCAAGCAGAGGUCUCUGCGCGAUAUACAAGAGGAGUUCCACAAGACUACGGAGUUUAAAACGGUGUCAGACAAGUCGCUGGAUCCUUGAUCACUAUCUUGAACCUGCGACGAUACUUAAUAAGCAUGGUAAAAUUAUCAGAGGUGUACUUACGAAAAGGAUAGUCACGAUGAGGUGACAAUGUUCAAUUCCUGAUGUACAGUUCUGAUCGUAGAGCCACCGUAAGAGGCUCUCCACCACUAUUAAUUGAUCGCUUCGGCUAAUAUUUUCCAAGGAUCUUCUUACAUUUACUUGUUUAUUAUUAAUCCAUUAGGCAAUUUACUCAAUGCAAUAGAGAAAUGAUUUUCUUGAAAACUGAACGAGGUUGUUUACACAGAACCUUUUUCUUCUCACAAAGAUAACGUGCAAUAAGCCAUUGGGACGAAUUUGGGUAUCGAACAAAUCGGUAUAUCUCAGGAUCGAUAACCAUAUUUCUGUGUAGUUGUAAGUUUCUCCUAAAACUCAAUUAUACGAGCAUAAGUUAAUAUGCAGAUGUAAUUAAACAAACAUUAUUUAUA